AUGGAGGGGCCCUCUGCAGAGCAGGAUCUGGAGAGUGGUGAAGCUUCGGUCCCUGGGCCCGCACUUGUGGAAGCAAGUGAAGAGAAUGUCGGGGCUGAUCAGAUUGCUCUCCCUGACGCUGCGGAAGCCACCUCAGGACAGGCUGACCUUCUCUCACCUGACAUUGCCACAACGCCUGGGACGGAUGCAGUGGACACAGCAGCGCCUGAGCUGGGUGGUGAAGAGAAAGGCAUGCCCGCUGACGCAGCCAACGCGGGGUUACCCAUGGAGGAGGAGAUUGUGGGCGAGAAGGGGGCCAAAGAGGGGGAGCUGGCUGCAGAACCGGGAGACGUUCCCAUCGACAAGGAAAACUUGGGUGGAGUCAUGUGGGCUACAGAUGGAUCCAGGAAUGCUGUCAACGAAACCACAUCUUCUGAUGGAGAGCAGAAGGGCGUGGAUGAGGAGGCGCUGCCGCCGGACCUGGUGGCUGAGGCGGCGGAUGCGGGGUCCAUCCCACUGGAGGCGGCCCUGAGCCACCUCCCCGAGGAGGGCAGCCUGCCCUUCCUGGAGCAGCGCCUCCAAGCAGGCCAGCAGCCAGCGGCGGGGGAAGCGGAGGAAGGAACACCACAAGCGGAGGAGGGGGCAGAGCAGACCUCAAGCAGCAUGGCAGAGAGCGGAAGCGACACAGGAAUGGGCGAUGAGGUGGCGGGUGCCCCCAAGAGCGUGGAAGAGCUGCUGGAGGAGGAGCGGCGCAAGCGCGAGGAGGCAGAGGCGCAGCUGGAGGGGCUGAGGAAACAGCUGCAGGAGGCACAGGAGCAGGCGGAGACCGAGGCUGCGACGCGGCUCGAGCUGGAGGACAUGAUGGUACUCAUUGAGAAGCACUUCAAGGAGAGCCAGGCCGCGCGCCGCAUGGCCGAGGAGGGCCUCGACGAGGCACGGCGCGCGAUGCAGGACUAUGCGGACAAGUGGGAGCGCCUGGAGCAGAAGAAUCAGCGCCUCGUACACGCCGAGGAGGCCGCGGUCCGCGUGAGUGGCGUGCAGGAGAGCGUGGCGGCCCUGGAGGCGGAGCGCGCGGAGCUGGCGGCGGAGAAGGAGUACGCGGAGAAGCAGCUGGCGGGCCUGGCGGCGGAGAACAAGCGGCUGGCGUCCGCCGUGAACAAGGCCGAGGAGGCCGCCAAGAACGCGGAGCAGCUCGCUCGCCUUAAGGCCGAAGCGGAGCACCAUGCCGUGAUGCUGAAGAUGGGCGCGGAGAUCGAGCGGCUGCGCGUGGAGCUGGAGAGCCGCACGCGCACGAUGCACGUGGAGAUGGAGAAGUGGCGCGGGCAGGCGGAGGCGGCCGCGACGUCCAUCCGCGAGGCGAAGAACGAGGUGCUGGACCGCAAGCGCGAGCUGGACAUGACCAAGGAGAAGAUGGACGCGCUGGUGGAGAAGCUGUACAUCGGGCGCGAGAUCGACAUGGAGCUGCGCGGCGCCAUCGACUACUCCCUGCAGCGCAGCCACAACCUGCGCAUGACCGACCAGGCCGCCUACCGCACAGCGCCGCCGCCGCAGAGCAGCAACCCCGCGCCCAACGGGGCAGCGCCACCGGGGGGCAGGACGCACGCAGGACCGGCCGGGGCGGGAGGCUCUGCUCAUCCGCCCGGGCGGAAGGCGCCCCCCGGCUCGCUCCAAACUGGUGGCGCGGGCACGGUGAAGCUGCCGGCCAUUUCGCCCCGGAGCAGCAAGGCGCAGCCGGAGCUGGGGUCGCAGGAGAAGGCCGCGGGCGGGCGGGGCCGGAAGGCGGCCGCCGACGAGGGCGGCGAGGAGGGGUCGCCGGGGGCGGGCAGCGGCGGCGGCGGGUAUGCCCGGCUGUACGACAGCAACAGCCCGCACAAGGCGGCCGUGCUCGGGCGGGCGGGUGGGCGGGGAAAGGCCGGCGACGAGGGCAAGCCGGCGGCGAGCGGGUCGCCCAAGAAAGGGGAGAAGGGGGCGGACAGGUUCGCGGAAACCAAGCGGAUACAGAUGAUGGUGUCGCACUCCAAUCGAUGGCCAUGA